ACCCACCGAGUAAGUCUUCCAAACAUAAACAAACGGUGUAAUUUUCCUGCCUCGAAAGAUCAUUUCCUGUGAGAAAAUCCGGCCACAAAAUAUGGUAUUAGCAUUAGUAAUUUAUUGCGAGAUAAUCAGAGAAGCAUAUUUCAUGGACUCGAUUAGAAUGUCACGCUUUCAGACGUCUGCAAAUGGAUCUGAAACUCAUCAAAAUUUGUAUGGCUUCUGGUGCAAGUUGCUUUGUAAUUUGUGAUUGCGAUAAAUCUCCGAUAAACUGGCCGGUUGUGGACAUUCCAGUGACCCAGUGUUUACUGUAAACCUCCCCACACUUGCCACUCAAGGCGCCUGCAGAGAAGCUCUCUCUCGCUCUCUAAGCUCUGGAGAGAUAAGGCAUCGACAUAGAACAAAUAGUGUCAGGCUUUUUCUUCCAAGAGCAUUUUCCUCGUUAGAGAUAGCGAGAUGCUGGUGUAACUCGGACUCUCAGCUCCCUAUUUUGGCCUCUGGGAUCACUUUGGCACUGACCACCAAGUGGAACAGACUCCAACAUGUCCGAUCCCACGAUUCAGACGUUCUGCUGCCAUCACAGGACUCCUCCGGAUGGGCCGACCCUGCUGAUGGGGGCCUUCAACACCAAUAGCUAUCUUUUUGUGUGUAUGGUGAGCUCGUUUCUUGGUAUUAUGGGGGCCCAUUACCAAAUAUUUGUGCGCGGCAAACAAGGGAUUUUGUCGAACGGAAGACGAUUGGCGGAGUCUGGAAAUUCAAUGAACUCCAAUGGUCACAGAGUUAUCUUGUGGCUGGCGAUUGCGGAUUUUUGCGCUUCUCUCGGAGUUUUCGUCCGUUCUGCCAUGUGGCGAUACUUUCAGCCCAUGAUGAUGAAGGACGACGAUGCCAGUGUCAUCUUCUGUGCGGUGACUUCCGCGUGGACGCAGUAUUUUUACACCUGCACCUGGCUCUGGACCUUCAGCUAUGCCAUCAACGUCCGAUGUCAUCUCAGAGGCGAUCAUUUCUCAAUAAGACGCUACCAUGUGAUUGUCUGGACCUUCGGGGCUCUGCUUACCAGUGUCGGACUCUCUGUGCUUUACUAUCCAAAUGCCGAUUGCCAAAAUGUGAAGGAACUGUGGACUGCACUGGUAAGAGUCCUGCCCAACUACUGUGCCACUUACCUUCCCAUCCUGAUUGUGAUGAUCGGAAAUCCGAUUAUCUACCAAAACUGCAGCAAGAUGAUCAGCGAGACGUUCAUGAGCAGAUAUACGCGUGUGACUUCACACGAGAGGGAAGUGAUGUCGAGAUUCAAGUGGAAGUUCUGCUUCAUCAACGUCAUCUUCUACAUCUGCUGGCUUCCCAAUCUCAUCGGCGGCUUCAUCCUCUGGACAGUUUGGGGAUCAAUUCCAGAGAACAUUAUGGUCGCCAUUUGGUAUGCCAUGGCAGCUAUGAAUCCUCUCCAGGCCUUCCUCAACGCCUUCGUGUACAGAAGAUGGACUCAGCCGCCUCCAGAGCCGGAGCAGCCGGAUCUUCUGACUGAAUCUCACCAGGAAUCCUCGCCACUCCUCGAGAAAUCCCGCAGUUGGCUCGUGAAGACUGAGCCGGAAUGCUCGACAAGACUGGAAAAUCCGUCGUCACAUCGGAAGGCAGAUAACUGCUCCUGCUUUUGA